AUGUCGUCCCCCUCCCCCUCCCCUCCGCGCCAACGCAUCCGCGAAGUCCUUCCCAAUCUCUACCUCGGGCGCUACCAGCCCGGCCCCAAGAACAGCUUGACCGACAUCCCUGGCGUCCUCGUGCACACAGAAUCCAUACACUCGUCCGAAUCCUACCCGAACGCAGAGGCCAAUUCCAUAAAUACUGGUGUCACAACAAUCCUUCCGCGCAAGGACUGGUUCCAUAAAGCAUGUUUUGCGGGCAUCUUCUGCUUCAACGGAUCCGGAGAAAUGACGGGAUCCCAUUUGAUCCAAGACAUGGGACUCUUGUUUUCACCAAUAGUCAUUACGGGCAGUUUCGGGGUCGGAAGUGCGUACAACGGCAUAUACGAAUACGCUAUCCGCGAAAAUGGCGACGAAAACGGCAAGGUGGAUUGGUUCCUGAUGCCGGUAGUGGCUGAGACUUUUGACGGUUUCUUACAUGACGUGGCAAAGUUUGCGGUUACGCCUCAGCAUGUCAUCAGAGGAAUAGACAAGGCGAGCGACGAAGCAGUGCCGGAAGGAAACACCGGUGGCGGUACGGGUAUGAUUUGUCACUAUUUCAAGGGUGGGACUGGAACCAGUUCUCGCGUGGUGCCUGGGGAGGAGGGAAAGCGUUACUCGGUAGCGGCACUUGUGCAGGCAAAUUACGGCAAGAUGUGGGAUUUCAAGAUCGGAGGAGCCCCUAUUGGAAGACUCAUUUACCAAGAUCAGAAGCGAAGGAUCGAGGAGAACCCUGACGAUCCGGAGUUAUUGGCACAGGCCAAAUUACUCUUCGAAGUCGACAAGGCCAAGGACAAGAAAGACGGUUCCAUCAUAGUCAUCUUGGCUACUGAUGCACCACUCCACCCGACACAGCUCCAGCGGCUAGCGAAACGCGCAACCGUCGGGAUAGCUCGAGUUGGAGGUUACGGGACUAAUUCGUCGGGCGACGUUUUCCUGGCCUUCUCCACGGGGAACGAGGUGCCUGUCCAGUCAGUGACGGCGGGACAAGCGGCGGUCGAUCCGUACCUGGCAAAGGAGAUUCCGGUCACCAUGACUGACGAUCAGACAAUGAACGGCUUGUUCGAGGCAAGCGCCGACGUAGUCGAAGAGGCAAUUUACAAUGCGGUCUGCAAAGCAGAAACGAUGGAUGGAAACGGAAACAAGAUUGAGGCGCUAGACCUGGAGCGGGUGAAGGAGAUGAUGCAAAAGUACGUAUAG